AUGGCCAUCAUUCCCCGUUGCUAUGGCGACGACUGCUACUACGGCUCCAACUGGGACCGCUGGGGUCGCUGGGUAGCCUUCGCCGUAAUCGUUGGCUGCGCAUUCCUCCUAUUCUUCGGCUUUGCUUGCUUCAACGCCCGUCGCCGCCGCUCCCACGGCCGCAGACCAAUGACCGGAACAGCCUGGAUGGCACCACCACCAGGUCCCCCUCCCCCAAACCAACCAUACUACCAACAACCCUACGGCGGAGACCCCUACAACCAACAACCACCCCCGCCCCAAUACUCCGCCAACCCGGCCCAGUACGGCUACUUCGGCGCCGCCCCCAACCAGGGCCCUGGUCCCCAUCCGCAACAAAAUGGAAUCGAGCUCCAGUCCCCGCCGAAUGCGUAUGGACAGGGUGCGCGCGAGUAUGCCCCUCCUGAGGGCCCUCCUCCUGCGAAGGUCUAG